CGUGUCUUUAUCGUGUCAUUAAACACAAUGAACACCUGUAAAUCUUGUAUAUUUAAAGAUAUUCCGAGCUAUAAUUGGCCAGAGUCUAGUACUUUCGCUGUGUUGGGCUUAAAUUGCAAAAUGAAACAAAUAUUGGUGAUCCAUCUUUUUCUUGCUGCUAGUGUUGUGUGCCAUCAGUAUUUCUUUUCAGCUAAAUGGGUGAUCUGGAAAACACAAAACCAAAAAGUUUAUUCUUCUUUUCAUGAGGAGCUUGAAAGGCAUAUAAUAUGGUUGAGUAAUCAAGAGUACAUUGAUGCAUAUAAUAAAAUAGCACAUAUUGUGGGAUUCAACUUGAGCAUGAAUGAAUAUGGAGAUUUAUCUGAUUACGAAUUCCGAAACAACUAUCAGUGUGCUUUGUCCCCAAUAUACAGACCGUUAUUCAACUGUACUAGAAAAAUUUAUCAAAGGUCUAAAAAUUUGACACUUCCACAAAGUGUUGAUUGGAGAAGUAUGGGUGCUGUUUCGUCUGUGAAAUCACAGGGCUAUUGUUGUUCUAGCUAUGCUUUUGGAGCAUUAGGGACAUUGGAAGGUGUGCAUGCUCUAGCUUCAGGGAAACUGGUUGAAUUAAGUGCUCAAAAUAUCAUUGAUUGUUCAAGAGUAUAUGGCAAUCGAGGAUGUCAAAAAGGGUCAGUUGAAUAUAGUUACUAUUAUAUCAUUGAUAACAAUGGAGUUGACACAAAAAGGAGUUAUCCUUAUCGUGGCAAACAAAAGGCAUGUCAUUUUAAACAAAAAAAUAUUGGUGCAAAAAUGCGAUACUUUCUGCAAGUUGAAGAAGGAAAUGAGAAAGAUUUAGAAGCAGCAGUUGCUAUGCAAGGACCAAUUUCUGUAGUAGUUGAUGCAAGUCAUAAUAUUUUUCGAUUUUAUAAAAGUGGCAUUCUUAACAUUCCUAAUUGUUCAUCAAGCAAAGUUACCCAGGCUUUAACCUUGAUUGGCUAUGGUUCAAACAAUGGACAAAAGUACUGGCUUGUCAAAAACAGUUGGGGUAAAAAUUGGGGACUAAGAGGCUAUGCUUUGCUCUCACGUGGAAAGUAUAACCAAUGUGGCAUUGCCUCAUAUGCCACAUUUCCUUCUAUCUAACUUAUAGAAAUAACGUGCAUGAUGCAUCAUAAAAAUUAAUCUUUUGAAAUUUCUUACUUUUUGUAAAAUAAGCAAAUUAAAAAAUUGAAGUAUAACUGGCAGAAGUUGGACAUCCUAUAUCUAUUGAUGGAACUGAUGACACCAUAUGCUAUUCAUCAAGACAUGUCCUCCUAUUGAAUCAAUGACAUGUGCCAAUCAAAUGGACAGUAAAGUGUGAACUAUACCUUUGAAUGAGAGAGUGUUAUCAGCUUGUAUUCAAAACCUGUUUCUUUUAAAAACCUCAUAGUAUUUUAGGUAGAGCCUGCCAGAUCUGUCUUAGUUAAAGUUAGUGAAGCAGUAGGCACAAGUGCUGUGUGAGAAGCAA